ACGACUCGCAGUACAUUGGCAUGAGCGUCUAUUUCGUCGUGAUCACGUCGGGCAUCGUGGUGGUGCUCGCUAAUUUGAUGUCCGAUCGCGCGACCUUGGCCUUCGUCACGAUAACCGCCCUGAUCUUGGCCUCGACGACCGCGACGUUGGCGUUGCUGUUCCUCCCCCAGCUGGCGAAUAUUCUAGCAGGCGAGAGGGCCGACCCCGUGGUCCAAAGCCUCGGCCUGAAGAUAGAGUGCAACACGAGAAGAUUCGUGACCGACGACAAGAACGAGCUACAAUACCGCGUGGAAGUGCAGAAUCGCGUGUACCGUCGCGAAAUGGCGCAGCUGGAGCUGGAACUGGCCAGAUUGGAGAAACAACUGGCGCAGGAGCCGGUCGAACCGUCGCACGCUUCGUCGAGCGCAUCGAUCCCGCAACGGAAUCCUAGCAUCGGGGGCGGUCUACCUUUGUUGUUGCUCAGCGUCCUCCCGCCGGUCAUCCCCAGGGCUAGCUGGCCGUCCGCGGACCCAUCCGGUGAGUGAGACUCCUCGCUACGUACUUGAGGAUUCGUUGUGCAAAUGAACCCGUGCGACGCCGCUCGACGGUGACGCGCGGAGCCGGAUACCGCAUCACCAAUCAAUCAGUCAUUCGUUAUCCAUCCUCUUGACAUUUUCUCAUGAAUUUUAUUUACGCCCGGAUAUUCGACGAACCC